UGUUGCCCAUGCGCCAAGCGCCAUGUUGGAGGAAACUGAUUUUACUGUGAAUUAGAAGCGGUGAAACAAAUACGUGAUUUCUGAUCCAUAUGCUGUGUUGUUUAGCUAGCACGUUAAUCCUAAGAAACAAUUAAGAUAUGUUAAUUACAUUUCAAGAAGAAACUGUUUAGUUAAAGAAAAGCACACGGGAGGUCAGAGCAGUUCCAGCGCAAAUGCAGGAGCAGAGUGACUUGGCCCCAUCCACAGGAAUCCCUUAAUACUCGCCCUUUAAGCGGUGGGUUUUUGGGGACAUUGCAAGUGUGGAUUCUUCACGCUAAAAGAAAAAACAUUUGUCCUGCGAUGCCUUGGACCUGAACAUGCACGUGUGAACUGGAUGGAAGACAACCCUCUCUCUCUGAUGUAUUGCUCCUCACAAUAAGAAGCUACAUUCACAUCCGGGAAACAAAGUAUUUACCCCCUGUACAACUACACAGACCACUGGUUCUCAGGAUGUCUAUCACCAACACGCCUUCGAGUAACGACGCCUGCCUCAGCAUUGUACACAGCUUGAUGUGUCACAGGCAAGGCGGAGAGAGCGAGACCUUCGCCAAGAGGGCAAUUGAAAGUCUCGUGAAAAAACUGAAGGAGAAAAAGGACGAAUUGGACUCCCUGAUCACAGCCAUCACCACCAACGGGGCUCACCCCAGCAAGUGUGUCACCAUCGGGCGAACCCUGGACGGCCGUCUACAGGUGGCGGGGCGCAAAGGGUUCCCCCACGUGAUCUACACUCGGCUGUGGAGGUGGCCCGACCUGCAUAAAAAUGAACUGAAACACGUCAAGUAUUGCCAGUUUGCCUUUGACCUGAAGUGUGACAGCGUCUGCGUGAACCCGUACCACUACGACCGGGUCGUCUCUCCAGGUAUUGACCUGUCAAGCCUGACACUGACCAGCUCAGCUCCCGGCUCGGGACUGAUGGUUAAAGAUGAGUAUGACUUUGACGGCCAUUCCCCGCUGCCCAGCAUCGAUGGUGGACCCUCCCUGCAGACCAUCCAGCACCCUCCCUCAAGUCGAGCCGCGCCCUCCUCAGAGGCCUUCAGCACCCCCGGGCUACUGUCCCCCUCCGACGCCAGCGCCGCUUCCACCUCUGCCUUCCCCAGCAUCUCCGUCGGUUCAGGAAAUGCCUCUUCCGCCUGGACCAGAAAUAGCAGCUUCACCCCUAACAUGCCUCUCCAUCAGAACGGGCACCUACAACACCACCCACCCAUGCCUCUUCCGGGGCGCUACUGGCCUGUGCACAACGAGCUGGCCUUCCAGCCGCCCAUAUCCAAUCACCCAGCGCCCGACUACUGGUGCUCCAUCGCCUACUUCGAGAUGGACGUGCAGGUGGGCGAGACCUUCAAGGUGCCCUCCACCUGCCCCGUGGUGACGGUGGAUGGCUACGUGGACCCAUCCGGAGGGGACCGCUUCUGCCUGGGUCAGCUGAGCAACGUGCACCGGACAGAGGCCAUAGAAAGAGCCAGGCUCCACAUCGGCAAGGGGAUCCAGCUGGAGUGCAAAGGCGAGGGGGACGUGUGGGUCCGGUGCCUCAGCGACCACGCCGUAUUCGUGCAGAGCUACUACCUGGACCGUGAAGCCGGCCGCGCCCCCGGUGAUGCCGUACACAAGAUCUACCCCAGCGCCUACAUCAAGGUGUUUGACCUGCGUCAGUGUCACCGGCAGAUGCAGCAGCAGGCUGCCACGGCUCAGGCGGCGGCAGCGGCACAGGCGGCGGCCGUGGCCGGGAACAUGCCGGGCCCGGGGUCCGUGGGAGGCAUCGCUCCAGCCAUCAGCCUCUCGGCAGCGGCCGGCAUCGGGGUGGAUGACCUCAGGAGACUGUGUAUCCUGCGCAUGAGCUUUGUCAAGGGCUGGGGUCCUGACUACCCCCGGCAGAGCAUCAAGGAGACCCCCUGCUGGGUCGAGAUCCACCUCCACCGGGCCCUCCAGCUGUUGGACGAGGUGCUGCACACCAUGCCCAUUGCCGACCCCCAGCCCCUGGACUGAACCGUCAGCCCCUACCCCUGGGGCACUUCAUUUUGACGGAUGCUGUAUGGAGGAGCGAGGGGACAGGAAAGCUGCUCUCUGCACCUCUUUAAAGAUGCAAUGAUUUCAGUUGGUUCAUGUUCGUCUUUCUGUCUGCUUUGAUAGUGCAAAAUACAUGCGUCUAGUUUAGGACAGAGGCUCUGAUCGAGGAAGAGGGCCAUUCUCCUAAAGCUCGCUGGCGCCCUUUAAGAUUGCUCCUGUUCACCAGCUGUAUGGUUUGCUACUCAUUUUCUUGCUUUACAUGAGAAGAGUAGAUGAUGGUCUCUGCCCUGUCAUUUACAGCCAGAGAAAACAUGAAUGAAAUACAUUUUCCAGUGUGAGCCACACAAUCUGUGUGUAUUUGCAACCUUUUUUUGUGUAGACUAUUUUAUGAAAGGAAUUGUAGUAACAUUUUAUUUUAGCACUUCCUGUUUUUUUUGUAUCCUGCAUCCUUUGGCUAUCAUACUGCCCUGUACUGGGAGAGUGGAUGUAUUGAGGUCUAUUACAGACUGUAUAGCAGGUCAUGGCACGCUUGUUCACAACACUAAGACACUUACAUUCAUACUUCCACUUUCACAAUAUAGGUGCCCACACACUUUUGUAGAUUAUCUUAUGUGUAAGUUAAACAGUUCUGCAAACCCCACCUCCUUCCUUUUUCCCUUCCUCAAGUGUACACAAAUUCUCUUUAUUGAUGCAUGUGAAUGUUUGCAUAAAUGGUGAGAAGUGACGACAACCUGUCUCCAUGGUGGCACAGGUUUUAAGCCAGUGGCACAGAACAAAAUAGGCUUGAUGAGAUGUAAUACAAACUCGUCAACAGCAUCUUUCAUCAUGGUGUUAUGAAGGAGUUGUUGCUUCCUUCAGAAGCUUUGAGAACCACCAUUGUGUUUUGUUUUGUUGUGUGUAGCAUCAUCCCCUAAUAACAAAAAACAUGUAAUAAACUUUUGGUAAGAAAAAAAAAAAAAAGCUUGGAUAGAAUCGUGUGCUGAAGAAAUAUUUUUGCAAGAUUUGAGGUUCAUUUUAGCUAAUGUUCCCUGGAGAUGGAAAUUGAAUUAGGAAACAUAAUUUUAGUUACAGAUGAAAGUCUACUUCACCGAGUAGCUGGAAAACUUUGUAAAUCAUUAUUACAGCGAUCUCAAUCUGUAUACUCAAGUGUUGAUAUUUUACCACUAACUGAAAUGACGUUUUACCAAGCAGGUCCGCUCCAAAAAAAGACAGUGGGUUAAAAUCCAAUCUGUUAGAAUAAAAUAAGUAUAAUCAGAAUUCACAAUAGUGUAAAUGCAGCCCAUUUUGAAGAACAUUUCGUCUGGGGUGUUUAUUUAUAAAACAUAGAAUUUUCCCUAAAUAUUUCAAUUUGGUUUUGUGACAAAUGUGUGUUCAAGCUGUUGCCGUGACGGAAUCAUGUCCAGUCUCAUUCUGGACUGGUCCAUUGGGUACAGGUCAGACCUCAACAUGCCUUGCUAUUGGUUUUAGAACUGUUAGUUAACAUUUUUUUGCCGAUGCCCAACAUAUUGAAUGCCAUUCUCAGGCCACUACCCAUUUUUGUAUGAAUUACAGUUUGUUACCAUGGGAUCCUUGAAUUGCUGGUAAUUGGAUAAAUGGCAACAAAUAAUUUAUUUUGCCAAAAUAAAAAAACAUUGCCUGAUA